GCUUGCUGCCGGCUGCUGGGGUGCAGAGAAGGGCCAGGCUGGGCGAGCGCACGGCCAUGGCCCCGUGGCUGCAGCUCUGCUCCGUCUUCUUCACGGUCAACGCCUGUCUCAACGGCUCGCAGCUGGCCGUGGCGGCGGGUGGCUCCAGCAGAGCGCGGGGUGCCGACACCUGUGGCUGGAGGGGAGUGGGGCCGGCCAGCAGAAACAGCGGGCUGCACAACAUCACCUUCAGAUAUGACAACUGUACCACAUACUUGAACCUGGUGGGGAAGCACGUGAUUGCCGACGCCCAGAACAUCACCAUCAGUCAGUACUCUUGCCACGACCAAGUGGCAGUCACCAUUCUUUGGUCCCCAGGGGCCCUCGGCAUCGAAUUCCUAAAAGGAUUUCGGGUAAUACUGGAGGAGCUGAAGUCCGAGGGGAGACAGUGCCAGCAACUGAUUCUAAAGGACCCAAAGCAGCUCAACAGUAGCUUCAAAAGAACUGGAAUGGAAUCUCAACCUUUCCUGAAUAUGAAGUUUGAGACGGAUUACUUUGUAAAGAUUGUCCCUUUUCCUUCCAUUAAAAAUGAAAGCAAUUAUCACCCUUUCUUCUUUAGAACACGAGCCUGUGACCUGUUGUUACAGCCAGACAACCUGGCCUGUAAACCCUUCUGGAAGCCUCGAAGCCUAAAUAUCACCCAGCAUGGUUCGGACAUGCAGGUAUCCUUCGACCAUGCGCCACACACCUUUGGCUUCCGUUUCUUCUAUCUGCAUUACAAGCUCAAGCAUGAAGGACCAUUCAAACGAAAGACCUGUAAACAGGAGCAAAAUACAGAGACAACCAGCUGCCUCCUUCAAAAUGUAUCUCCAGGUGAUUAUGUAAUUGAGCUGGUGGAUGACACCAAUACAACGAGAAAAGUGAUGCAUUAUGCCUUAAAACCGGUGCAUUCCCCAUGGGCUGGGCCCAUCCGAGCUGUUGCCAUUACUGUGCCAUUGGUCGUCAUAUCGGCAUUUGCUACACUCUUCACUGUGAUGUGCCGCAAGAAGCAACAAGAAAAUAUAUAUUCACAUUUAGAUGAAGAGAGUUCUGAGUCCUCCACCUACAGCACAGCACUCCCCCGAGAGAGGCUGCGGCCACGGCCGAAGGUCUUCCUUUGCUAUUCCAGUAAGGAUGGCCAGAAUCACAUGAACGUCGUCCAGUGCUUUGCCUACUUCCUCCAAGACUUCUGUGGCUGCGAGGUGGCUCUGGACCUGUGGGAAGACUUCAGCCUCUGCAGAGAAGGGCAGAGAGAAUGGGUCAUCCAGAAGAUCCACGAGUCCCAGUUCAUCAUCGUGGUGUGUUCCAAAGGCAUGAAGUACUUUGUGGACAAGAAGAACUACAAGCACAAAGGAGGCGGCCGCGGCUCGGGGAAAGGAGAGCUCUUCCUGGUGGCUGUGGCAGCCAUCGCCGAAAAGCUCCGCCAGGCCAAGCAGAGCUCGUCUGCGGCGCUCAGCAAGUUCAUCGCCGUCUACUUCGAUUAUUCCUGCGAGGGAGAUGUUCCUGGCAUCCUGGACCUGAGCACCAAGUACAAACUCAUGGACAACCUUCCCCAGCUCUGCUCCCACCUGCAUUCCGGAGACCACAGCCUCCCAGAGCCUGGGCAGCGCCCCGGACACGUCAGCAGGAGGAACUACUUCCGGAGCAAGUCAGGCCGGUCCCUGUACGUCGCCAUUUGCAACAUGCACCAAUUUAUCGACGAGGAGCCUGACUGGUUUGAGAAGCAGUUCGUUCCCUUCCAUCCUCCCCCACUUCACUACCGGGAGCCAGUUUUGGAGAAGUUUGACUCAGGCUUGGUUUUAAAUGAUGUCAUGUGCAAACCAGGGCCCGACAGCGAUUUCUGCCUCAAGGCCGAGGCAGUCGUCCCUGGGGCACCGGCCGACCCGCACUUGGAGGGGCAGCAGCUCGGCCUGGAUGAAGACAUGGAAGCCGGGCCCAGCCCGGGAGGCAGCUCGGUCCUGCAGCCGCUGCUGCACGCGGUGAAAGCUGUCAGCCCCUUGGGCAUGCCGCGGGACUCAGGCAUCUACGACUCAUCCGUGCCCUCCUCCGAGUUAUCUCUGCCUCUGAUGGAAGGACUCUCGGUGGAUCAAACGGAAACGUCCUCGCUGACAGAGAGCGUGUCGUCCUCCUCAGGCCUGGGUGAGGAGGACCCUCCUGCUCUUCCGUCAAAGCUCCUCACCUCUGGGGUGUGUAAAGCAGAACCUGGUUGCUGCAGCUACACUGGUGAACUCCAUGCAGUCGCUCCUUUGUAACGAAAUGGAAGAGCCUAAGCAUUGCCACUUUAGCUGCCGCCUCUCUCUGGUUCCCCAGCUCAUCUCUCUGGUUGCGUGGCCCACCUGCAGCUGAGGUCUCCUACAAGGAUAUUUUGAGUGAAAUUCGUGCCAGUACUUGCUCUCCUUGCCCCUACCUUUUACCAGAUAUCUUGGCAAAGUCUCCAGUUUUCUAAAACCAUAUGGAGCUCUGAAAGGCAUGUCCAUAAGAUCUGACAGAAGCUUGCCAUGUUAGGUCAGACCUUGGAUUAGAGCCAAUUCUGGGAGGUAGGGAGGAAACGUAAAGAAAUAGAAAAAUACUUGCACUGAUCCUUCAGACUUAAUUUAUCUCUGCAAACUUUGCCUAUUCACCGUUGGCUACUUCAGUUUGAAAUGCUUUGUAGAGAAAGCACUUUUAAUGCUAUUGCAGCCACAGAAAUCAAGUGCCAGUCUAUCUGGAAUCCGUGUCAUUACAGAUGAUGCUCCCGUUGGUUUUUGGUGUAGAACUUAUGAUGGCCGUGGCUGCUAAAAAAGCUCUAAGUCAAGGUCAAGAAGGUGACUGAGUAUACGCUCACCACUCAUAGAACAAGUCUUAUGUAUUGGUGGGAAGCAUGGCUGGCUGAGGUGGGGGCUGCGGGGCCAGGCUGACUGUGUAGACCAUUCUUUCUGAGAUGGGUUGGUCACCAUGCAAAGGCACCAGAGCUCAGCAUCCAGGGCCACCGCUUGGUGUAAGUAGGCAUCCCAUGAGAGUCAGCUCUGCCUGCCAGACUUCCCUGGGUUACAUUUUCUGAGCUGCAUCUCAGAUGUCAGUGCCUGGAAGUUUGAGAGACUGACAUACAUCUGGACUGUAGUACUGGAAUUUGCAGUUCACGUGUCAGUUGGCCUCUGGUCUAAAGUUGUGUCCAGAAUAUUAGGGACCAGAAUCCACUGAAAUGUGGCAGUGUGUGGAGGUGGUGGCCGAUUAAUCUGCUGAACUGGUUUGGACUGAUGACAAACCUCUUUUUAAGAAGGUGAAAACGAGGGGACUGUCACAAAAAUGAAUGUGCUUUUCGAAUAUUGUCUGAAGAAGACAUGGGAUCGGAAAUCAUUAAAUUCUUGAGUUUUAAAGCACUCCCCCACAACCCAGCCUGUGAAUCAUGUUUCAUUUUGUAUUUUUGUGGUACUUUUCCAAUGAAAGAUUUGCCUCUUGUGCUCCAUCCUACAAAAAAACAACAACAGGUAUUUAGAACUUAGGAGAAAAUAAUUUGCUUUAAAAAGGAAAAGUGAAUGUUCUGUUUUUAUGAAUGACUUCUCUAGAGAAUUUGUGUUUCCAAAGGGAAAACAGUUGUUCCCUUCUCCUCCCCAUACCUGUGAGGGGGUGUGAGCAUCUUUUUCUACCUUUUCUGUAGGUGCUGUUGGAUUUGGCACUCUGUGUUCUCAGCACUCACACCGGGGGCCAUGGUUUGGACUCCUUGAGCAAAUAGGAACAAUAUUACGGGCAACACUGAGAAACAUCCCGAGGAGGGGUGGAACGUGGGAGGUGGGAUGGGGUAGGACUUCUCCUUCCGAGCACAUGCUGGGCAGGUGGGGAAGGGAAAGUUUGCACCCCUCCUGGAAAGAAGAGGUUUGUGUGUAUUUUUGAUGCAAAUGCCACACUCUCUGCUCUGUAAAGGCAGCUGGCAGCUUCUUGGGAGAAGAACGUGCUCGUCUGUUCUCUGGCAUCGAGUUUCCUGCAGCUGCUCUGAGGGAAAGACAAGUGAGCAGCAAAGCUGCCUCCCCCAUAAAACCAGGCAUCUUGUUGGAGAAGAGAUGUUCCAUGUUGUCACCGUGGAUUAGAGGACGAGCACAGAGUCCUUGCCCACAGUGACGGUCCUAUCAUCCUGUCCUCGGCGUGCAUUCUGUGAAGGGGCUGAUCUGUCCAAACUUGCCACCAUAUGCAAAUUCACUUUGGAGCAUUAUCAGAGAAAUUUCCUAUUGAAGCCGAGAAGUGGUGCGUGCCCCAAAGGAACCAUUACAUUAGGAGCCACUUUUACGAUAGAUACUCAGCUUUGCGUGUGAAAUGAGGCAUCUCUGAGGAAGUGGCCCCAAGAAUGGCAUGGAGGACUGGGGCAGGGGAACAUCGACUGGGCUUUAUGAGCUUGGGCAGAGAGCUUUCAUUUACUAUGAAAAUGGAAGGAAAAAAGUGCUAGUCCAAAAAUCAGGUAAUUUUUUAGUUUGAAUUUAGGGUUUGGGUACUUACUUUGAAAUGUUAAUGUUUGUGGUGUUCAACAAAAUCAAACUGUUGUACCAAGUAAUGAAACCACAGGAUGAAUGCCUAACUCAGAAUAAGUUGAGAAGGCCAAGUGCCUGGUUUUGUCUUAAUAGUUUCACUUUUUUUUUUUUUUCACCGUUCCCAUCUCAUGCUGGAAAUGGGAAUAGCUGCCUUGUAGACUAAGACAAAACAUCUGUUUUAAGAAAACCUCCAUUUUUUUUUUACUUAACACGUUUUCCAGGCUGUGGAAAUGAUAAGACAGAAUUCAGAUAAAGAUUCUGUAAGUCAUAGGCUUUUAGGCAUUGGGGAAACAAGAAUUAAAAUAUAGGGAUGCUCUCAAUAAAAGUCCUUGAUCCUGAGAGUCAAAGGCUUGUGUAGCUAAGUUAGAUGGUGUCCUCUGGACAGGAGAACAGGGAUAAGUCCAAGGUUCCAGGUAACCAGGAAGCCACCAGGUAGUUAAAGGCAGGGAGCUAGUUGUUUAUGUAAACUCACCAAUGCCCUACAGAAAGGACUGAGCAUCUGACGGAGUCAGCUUUGUCAGGAGAGUGAUCAGAGAGGUAAAGGCCCAUGUCAAGGUGUGCUCUUCUCUUAGAAGUCAGCUGCAAGCUGCAGGAACCACCUGGACGGGCCCAGCCCAGACACACGGUGGGGAAGGUGCUCCAGAGGGCCAAGUCCUGGGCCUGUGAGCCACACUGAUCUCGGGAAAGAAUCAGGAGUCAUUCAGGCCCAGGCCCAGGUAUUCAGGUGGGUAACCCAGCCAGGUAAUAGUAUUCUGAGCCAAAAAUGAGAUGGGGCCAUAAAGUCAUGAGACAGAGUUUUUGGUUGACACAUUAGCAGUAACUCAAGAUAGUUCCAGAUCAGAAGAAGUUCAAAAAAUGUCUUUAGCAGCAAUGACAUCAUUGGAAUCGAUGUGUAGUAAUUUAAGUUCAUGUAUGUUUGUCAAAGUUUAGUCUUACUACUUCAUAGCCACAGAUGCCUUUUUUUUUUGACUGACCCCUAGUCUCAUGUUCUCUCACUUAAGCACAAAUAAACAGGAAAACCAUCCCUCCAGAAAUGUGGAUUUAUAUGAUUUUCAGCUCCCCCCAGGGUUGAGCAUCUGUUCCUUUAAAAGAAACAAGGAAGAAAAAUAGUUUUCUUCCUGGAAAAGACAUGACACACCCUCCUCCCCAAAGAGAGAAAACCCGGCAGUCCCCAACUGCGUAAACACUAAUUUGGCUCUCUUAAAGAGGCAGGAAUUCCUCUUUGUAUGUUUAUUGGAAAAAGGUCGGCAAUGCCAAUGUGAAAGUUAUUAGCCUUUUCUAUUUUAUAUUGUUGGUGAAAAUUGCUAUUCUUAUUUAACAGGUGGUAUGCCUUCAAGGGGCACCAUUGUAGCAGGCCAUGUAUAGUGAUAAAUAGGUGUGAUUAUCGAUGGCAAUGACAUGUCCUCUCAGUGUCAGGCAGACAGUAGAUCGUCGUGGGGCCUGUGGCAAACUGAAGUGCUCCUGUCCUACCUGCAGGGGUCAGCCACUCCAGCCAGUUGUGGCCACAUAGUGUUCCCUGGUUUUCUCAUCUUUCCUGAGAAGCUGAGAACCUGGAGUUUUAUACGAAAAAUUCUGACUUGUUUAGUAUUGUCAGCUAAAUUAAAAAAAAAUUUUUAAGUGUAUUCAGGCCCAUCAGAACUCAUGGGUCGACCUGAUUGGCCUACUCACUGCCAGUUUGCCACCUCUGUUUUAUAAGAUUUGAAAUGAAAGGUAAUUACAGAUGUCUGGUGCCACCAGAAAAUGCUCUUGCUAAAUGCAGCCAGUAGCUGAGCUGCUGCUUUCCCCAUUGUUCCCCCAAAGAAAUUUGAUAUGACUGUGAAUGUAUUUGAAAUAUUUUGAUUGCUUCUUUACAUUUCAUGGUGUCUU